AGUGCAUCUGUACGUGAACACACAGCAGCAGAGCCUGAGCCCGGCGUUCAGUGUCACGGCGAGCUUUACCGUGUCCCUGUUGUGUGUUAAUCACUGCAGGAUUAUGCUGAGCUGUAGGGGAAAGUUGCAGCCUGCAGCAUUUCACACCGAGGUGUGCAGAGAGAUCCUCCAGAGCUCAAAGUGACUGCACAAACAAGUCAAUGCACACUCAUGAUUCAGAGUUAAGAGUCUCUGUGAAACUCCAGCCAGGACCAGGACUAGGACCAGGACAGAGAUCCGAAGCUGCUAAAUGAGGAGGUUCACGGUUUUAUCGCUUUUCCCUCGAGGGGACGAUGUGGACGAGGAUGGAGAGACAGAAGAUGAUCAGCUCACUGCGGAGCGCAGCAAUUGCGAUGUCAACAUCCUCAGCAUCCCGGUGCCCAUCCGUCGCGGCGGCUCAGAGUCCAACCUGGACGUGGUGGACAGCGUCGGCAACGACGGAGUGGGCCUGGAUUUCACCAAAGGAGCGUUGGGUAUCGACAGCCUGCAGCAGAAGAUCCUCAAGGUGACAGAGCAGAUAAAAGUGGAGCAGACGGCUCGAGACCAGAACGUCGCCGAGUACCUCAAACUGGUGAACAACGCCGACAAGCAGCAGGUUGGACGGAUACGCCAGGUCUUCGAGAAGAAGAACCAGAAGUCGGCGCAUAGCAUCGCCCGGCUGCAGAGGAAGCUGGAGCAGUACCACCGCCGUGUGAAGGACAGCGAGACCAAUGGCAAACACACCCACAAGGACGGCGGCAACAAGGAGUCCGGUACUCACAGCAAGGAGGGCAGCCUGCGAGACGUCAGCGCCACCGGGCGCCACCCGGCGCUGGAUAAAGUAAAGACAAUCGGGCCUGGCGUGUCGCUCUCGCCGCCGUUCUUCUUCAACAAGUCACGGGAGAUCGCCAACCUAAUCAGGAACAAGUUUGGCAGCGCCGACAACAUUGCCCACCUCAAGAGCUCCAUGGAGUCGGGGUCUGGGCUGCAGGUGGACGCCGGGGCGCGGGGCCUGAGCGGGAGCGCCAACACCGUAGCCAAGACGACCAAGUACCAAAGCGACGAUGAGUGCUCCACGGGGACGUCUGCGUCCGCCGACUCAAACGGGAACCUGGCCGGGGGUUCGGGGACCUCCGGAGACCCCGGGAGGUCAGACUCCAAUGGGCGACUGGGGGAGGUGCUGGACAUGGUGCGGGACAUCAGGGAGGCUCAGGCACAGCUGGCAGAGGACAUGGAGACGCUGAAUUCACAGUUCAAGCGAGAUUACAGCUACUUCACACAGAUGAUGCAGGAGGAGAGAUACAGGUAUGAGCGGUUGGAGGACCAGUUAAAUGACCUGACGGAGCUCCACCAGCAUGAGACCAGUAAUCUGAAGCAGGAACUGGCCAGCAUCGAGGAGAAGGUGGCCUAUCAGGCCUACGAGAGGGCAAGGGACAUACAGGAGGUCCUGGAGUCGUGUCAGACUCGCGUGUCGAAGCUCGAGCUCCAGCAGCAGCAGCAACAAACGGUCCAGGUGGAAAACACAGACGCCAAGGUGCUGCUGGGGAAAUGCAUCAACAUCAUGCUGGCGAUCGUCACCGUGAUCUUGGUGUGCGUUUCCACGGCGGCCAAGUUCACCGCCCCCCUGCUGCGUAGCCGCCUCCACCUGGCGCUCACCUGUGUGGGCGUGUCCGUGUUAGCGCUGCUGUGGAAGAACUGGGAACAUUUACAGUGCGCUUUGGAACGAUUCGUCCUCCCGCCCUGAUACUGUGAGUCGCAAACAAGACCGGAAAACCUGAGCCCGACCCCCAACUCCAGGUCCCCGUGAGGUGUGUCGUCAUGGAAACACAACAACCGGGGAGGAGUUUACAUGUAGCCUUACACCAGCCGUAGUCCCCGCCAGCGAUUUUUAGGCUCCGCGGUGAUUUAUGGCUCUGUGCUCUGCAUGUCUAAAAUAGGGGGACCACACAAAUCCACAAAGCCUUUUCCCAGAAUGCUUCUCCACAGUAAUUCCAACAAACGACACACAGACGUAAGCCGAUACAGUAAGUUAUAACAACUGAACGCAACUGUGACAAACCUCGAACAUGCUGAAGGUGCAAACAUGGCAGGACCGCACUGCCAGUAUCACUACAGUCCAAAGUAUCGGACCAAUACGGGGACGAAUCAGCUGGAAUGAAUCAGAUGGCGACUUUCAUCUGGUCAUCGGACGAUUCUGAUCAACUGACGCUAAAAUCUAAAUAUAGAGGUGUGGGCUUGGAAAUACGGUGAUUGUUUCCUGCCCUUAAAGGGAAGUCUAUCAGUUAUAGCACCACCUCACACCUCUGAACAAACACUAACUGGCAGUACGUGGCCAGUGGGUCAGUCUCAAACCUGCACAGUACGCCUCCUUGUACACACCAGCCAGCUGUGACAACACAAAGACACAUCCACCUGAAGGUCGAUUUGUAACUUGUGUGUCUGUACUGAUCUGUAUUUAUGUGUCUGUCAGUGGGACAUUUUUAAAGCUGUCGUUUUAAACUGUGUCCGAGUGUGAAUUCAUGUACUGUACGCCUGCUCAUGUGUGUGUGUGUGUCAAUAUCGUGCUUCGUUAAGGAAUUGUUUUCUUGGUGAGAGUUGGGUGAGAAGAUUGAUGCCACUCAUGACUAUGAAUCUGGAGCCAGGAGACUAUUAGCUUAGCUUAGCAUAAAGACUGGAAAUGAAGGGAACAGUUAGCCUGGCUCUACCUGACAGUGACAAACCCUUCCUAUUCCCAACUAGAUAGAAGAAUAGAAGACUGAUGCCCACUCCUGAUGUUGAAUAUGAAGCGUGAGCCCGGAGUCAGUUAGCCUAGCUUAGCAUAAAGACUGGAAACGAAGGGAACUGUUAGCCUGGCUCCAUCUGAGGGUGACAAACCCACCUAUUAGCUCCCUACAAAAACACGAGUUAUAUGUCUAGGAGCAUUUCUUAGCUCCAUCUAAAAGUGACUUGGGUGAGAAGAUUGAUGCCACUCGUAACUGUAUGCUAAACAGGAAGCUAGGGCUAGGAGUUUAUUAGCUUAGCUUAGCAUUAAGACUGGAAAUGAAGGGAACAGUUAGCCUGGCUCUACCUGACCGUGACAAACCCUUCCUAUUCCCAACUAUAUAGAAGAAUAGAAGACUGAUGCCACCCUCGAUGCUAAAUAUGAAGCGUGAGCCCGGAGUCAGUUAGCCUAGCUUAGCAUAAAGACUGGAAAUGAAGGGAACUGUUAGCCUGGCUCCAUCUGAGAGUGACAAAAACACGAGUUAUAUGUCUAGGAGCAUUUCUUAGCUCCAUCUAAAAGUGACUUGGGUGAGAAGAUUGAUGCCACUCGUAACUGUAUGCUAAAUAGGAAGCUAGGGCUAGGAGUUGAUUAGCUUAGCUUAGCAUAAAGACUGGAAAUGAAUGGAACAGUUAGCCUGACAAACCCCACCUAGUCGCACCCGUAACCCCCUAAUUAACAUGUUAUAUAUUGUUUCGUCUGUACUUUUUUGAGGGGUUAAGUGCUGGAUAGAUUUAUUAACUUCCUGCCACGAGGCUGGAAGCUGUUGGCUAGCUGUUCCCCCCCGUUUCCAGUCUUUGUGCUAAGCUAAGCUAACUGUGGUAUCUAUCCUCUCACCUGACUCUCGGCAAGAAAGCAGACGAGCAUAUUUCCCCAAAAUGUCAAACUAUUCCUUUUUAGAGGGGAAGGUUUUGAUCUGCCUCCCGUGUUUGUUAAUUUGACGCUUUCGUAAAAAUGUAAAAAUCUGUUUUAUGUUUUUUUUGCUUCUCAAAGCUAUACGAGACAAAAAAACAAAAACACCACACUGGGUCUGUGAGUUGACUUUACUCAGCUCCUGCAGCUUUAAGCAUCCACUAGCUAGUAUGUAAACUGUGAGGAAAAGCUCUAAACCCUGAUCCUGAUUUCAUUGAAUUGCCUUUUUUAACGAGGUGAACAGAACUAAUUAAGUUGUGUGUCUUUUCUGUGUGAAGCCUUUUGGUGUUGUGCUGUGUUCAUGUCCGGUGGGAAUAACGGCAGCGAUGUUCUGACACUUCAAACUCCUGACUUGAAAGGAUUAAACAAGUCUUAAACCACAGGAAGACAGUAGGCGAUUAGUGCUACUACGACUGAAUUGCUCGUAAUAAUUCCUUUCAGCCUUUUCACACUUGACUCUCUCACACAGCUGGGGGAUGACUCAUUUGAUCGAGCGCAGGAAGUCCUCACAUUUAAAGACUUGGGAGAGGAUGAAGAUUGUUAAAUAAAGUGUUUACGACUUUAAAACUAAAACCAUAUCAGCACAGUAGCGGCUGUUUUCCCCCCACGCGACAUGAAUGCAGCGUUACAGAUUGGACACUGAACAAUGUAGCUCCCUAACCCUGUAUCACUGUGAUGAUGAGGGGGAUGAACUGGGACUGAUGCCUUUUCAAUGCAGCUUAUUUCUUCUACUGUGUAUCUUUGUUUGCGUCCCAUCAAAAAAAAGCCAAAUAUUGAUGUUUUUAAGGCACAUUUAGCCUUUUAGAAAUAACACAGAAAUUACCAGUUUUGUUCUCUUACUAUUAGUCUUUAAUGUUUUGUUUUUUUCAAAUUGGCUCAAACACUAUUGGAGACAUCUGGAGUGGAGGGUGAGCAGUCGCCUCAGAAGAUGGCUGCUUAUAUUGUGAGUUUAAGAGACCUUAAAGGUGGUCAAAGCAGGAAUUGAGGUGAGUCGUGACACUGAGGUGCCGCUGAGGAAAUGCAUCAGUGCUGACCGUCGUCACCACCAGGUCUCCGUGAGGUCUUUGCUUGCUUGGCAUCGAGGACAAGGAGGAGGAGGAGAAGAAAAGCCAUCCACAAUACCACCAACGCAGCAGAGAGAGACUUAUGAGUAGAGCCAUGAUGGGGGCAGUGUAGCUAGUUUGCCAUCUGAUCACAAGCUUGGGUCGGAUCAGCGUAAGCUGGGUCACCUGGAGGAGGGUGUAUGAUGUUGAAAGGCCUGAAACACCCAAUUAUUUGCUGUCCAUUUGCGUAUCAGAAGAUAUAUUUGCACAACUUUCUGUCUCUCUCUAAAGCUGUAUUUGUAAGUCCACAUUGUAUAUUUUCACAUUUCUCUCAUGUCUCCUCUCUGUGCUUUAGUUUCUGGUAUCAUUAUUUUUCAAAUGAGGAAAUAAAUCUUUGUUUUUGUUUUUCUAA